AUGGGGACCACGGAUGAGGAGGGCGGUCAGCCUGCACCUGCUAUGCAGGUCAUCGUUUUGGGCUCGGGUGGCGGCCCUCUAGAGACAAAUAUCACGUCAUUCCUGGUGCGCUCCCUGGCCACCGGCUGGGCCAAGGGCUCGAUUGUCUCGGUCGAUUCCGGCGUCCUUAUGGGCUCCAUCGCCAGCAUCCUUGAGAAGACCCAGCCAGAAGGCCUCGGCAAGUCUGAUGCUCUGCCUCUCCCCUACACCCUCACCGAGGGGCCCUUUGCCGGCCUGGAACUGCCCCAUGCGUCGCCCACGGCAAACGCUGCGCACAUUGUGAGCUUCCACGUCGACACUUUCAUGAUCACGCAUCCUCAUCUCGACCACAUCUGCGGCUUUGUCGUCAACACGGCCGGCUUCCUCGGGUCAAAACAGAAGCGGCUGGCGUGCUCGACUUCCACUGCGGACGCUUUCAAGUACCACAUAUUCAACGAUGUCAUUUGGCCAAACCUCACGUCCUUCAACGGCGGCGCGGGGCUGGUCGUCUACCAUGAGCUCAACGAGGGAGGCUCUCCUGCCUUUGGGGAAGGCGACAGCAAGGGCUAUCUCGAGAUCAGCGAUGGCAUCUCGGUCAAGAUGUGGGGCGUGAGCCACGGCCAUUGCAUCAGCAAACGGACGCAGCGCAGUAGCAAUUCAUCCUCAGCGUACAGCAGUGUCGACGCCGGCAGUGUACCCCCGAACUCGAGCCUCAUCAGCCCCCGUGCCACCAUGGCACAGAACACAGCCAUUGCUCCGGGCCUGGCAUCCCUGGCUCAACCCCCCCAACGGGAAUCAAGCGCUCCGUUACCUGGCAGUUCUGCACCCUCUGGCACGAGCUUCCCCUCCAGAACCAACACAUCCACCACCUCUGCGCCAAACGAGAAUGUAGUCAUCUACAAUAGCAGCGCCUACUUCAUCCGAGACGUCACGACCGGCCGAGAGGUGCUCAUUUUCGGCGACGUUGAGCCGGACUCCAUGUCCCACUGGCCUCGGAACAUCCAGGUCUGGCAGGACGCCGCGCCCAAGAUCGUGGCCGGCCACCUCAAGGCCGUCUUCAUCGAGAGCAGCUACGACAACUCGCAGACCAACGACCGGCUCUUUGGGCACAUGACGCCCCGCUUCCUCAUGGAGGAGCUCAGCGUCCUCGCUGACGAGGUCAGGGCCGCGCGGGCGGCCGCCGCGCACGAGGCCCGUGAGGCGAGGGACGCGAGGAAGCGCAAGCGGUCCGUCGGCGACGACCUCGGCAUGGCGGCGUCCCACGGCGGCGGGGGCGGCCGGCGGAAGCCCAGCGCGGUGCAGAGGAUCGGCAGCUUCGGCCUCGAGGACCCCGUGUCGCCCAGGUCUACGCGCCGGGCGUCCCGCGCGGGCACAGACUCGCCGCACCUGACGACGCCGACGGCCGAGCUCUCGCUCAGGGACCUGCCCCACCACCACCAGCACUCGGCCCUGCCUCCCGGGGCGGCACCCGAGCGGUCGGAUUCGUUCCCGCCGCCUCCCGCGGCGCCGGCGGGCCCGCCGCUCCAGGGCCUCAAGGUGGUGGUCAUCCAUAUCAAGGACAAGGCGCAGGACGGCGAGACGGUGGGCGAGACGAUAUUGCAGGAGCUGCUGGAGCACGAGGAGGUCGCGCAGCUCGGCUGCGAGUUUGUCAUCCCGCAUCAGGGCAUGAGCUUGUAUUUUUAG